AUGAAAGAAACUCACUUUUCAUUUCAUUCUGAUGCGCCAUCUUCACAACAGUCAUCCAGAUUAGCCAGGAUGAACAUCCCUCUUAUGAAUGUGCCAUGCCUCAAGAACUUCUAUCUCAUGCUAUUGUCAUUGCCAUGUAGAGAUGAUAUUAUUGCUUUACAGAUAAUAUCUUGGUCUGCAAAAAAAUCCUUUGCCUUUGUCAAAGAAAUCAUAAUCCCAUGCUUUACUGUAAAUGUUUUAUUUCUUUGUCCAUUUAUACUGGGUAUUUCCAAUAAAAAUUUUCAUCCCAAAUAUAACAAGCCGGCUGAGCAAAAAGUAGCUGGGGAUAUAAAAUAG